UUGAAAAUUUAAUAAAUAACCAGAUAUACAUGAGAUUAAAGUGAGAUUUAUUUAUAAAUAAUGUCUACUGUAGUGGUUCUUGGACCUGGAACAUAAAACCCUAACUCCUCUGUGAGAAGCAAACACAGGUGGAUUUACUGAGAGAAAACUCUGAAUCAGAGGAUUUAUUUAAGGGAGAAGAGCCACGGCCUCAGUUGAAGGACUGGCCAGUUGGACAAUGGAAAGGGAGAGAUGGAAGCAAGAGAGAGAAGACAGAAAGUAAACGGCUGAGUGAGGGGGCGAACAAGCAGAGUGCCAACUGGAUAUUGAGGAUUCUGGCAAAGUCCAGCGUCUGUGGCGUUUCUAAGGAAACGACAGUGCAACUAAGUUCACAGAGCAGGAUCAGAACUUACUGGAAGCUCGUCGCUGUAUUGAGAGGAUGGAGCUGCUAUCAGUGGAGCGCAAAAAACAGGUAAAACUCACCUAGUGGGUACAGGCUGACCAAUGGAGGAUCAUGUGACCUCAUCAGGGAUGACAGGCACCGGAAGCAGUUCUGUUACCAUGGCAACAGACUCUAUGGGAACUGAUCCGGACCUGCGGGUUCUGUGUAACAGAGUGAAGUUCCUGGAGCAAAGAGCAGGUUCAGCCGUCCAGUCUGACAGCUACCUGAGGAACAGGAUCAGAGAGUUAGAGAGGUCAGAGAAGAGCCUGCUGCUACAGCUCUAUCAGCUAGCCUCUGCCUCCCACCUCCCCAGCAUGCAACACUCCCAGAGGCUGGACCAAAGACUCCACAUGCUCAGGGAGGAGGUCAGGACCAUGACUCAGGAGAAGGAGCGAGGGGAGCAGGUAUGGAGGGAGCGACUGCAGCGCUGUCAGAGGCAGCUGAAAUCCAAAGAGGACGAGCUGAGUCGCCAGUCCCAGUACUUUGAGAACUUUAAAACCCAACUCCAACACAAGCUCAGCCUGGCCCGGGACAGAGAGCAGAGCCUGCAGAACCGGAUCUACACAUUAGAAAAGCAGCUGCUUGACAUGACUGUGAGUGCCGCCACCGGCAACGCAACGAUCAGAGCAGUCAGAAUUACUGCUGGGACCGUAACACACUGGGGACAGCAAGACAGGCUAACUUUUAUGAGAGGAGAGGGUGAAGGAGAAGAGGAGAAGAAGGAGGAGAGGAGGAAGCAAUGGCAACCAAGUGUGGGAGCUGAAAGAGACGGAGGGCGAGAAGGUGACGAGGGAAAGGCAGAGAAAGAAACAGAGGGAGGAAGAAACAAAGAUGCAGAACAGAACUCAAAUGAGGCCAGGCUGCAGGGCUUCAUCCUGAGCCUGCAGGAGGAUCUCAGGGUGCUGCUGGAGAGAGAGGAGGAUGGGAUGACAGAGCGGAGGGGACUGGUGGAGCAGCUGCAGGAGGCCCAGGAGAACAGCCAUUUCCUGGGUUGCAAAGUGGAGGAGAUCAAGGCGGAGGUGCACCAGCUGAGGCUGUCUGAAAGCUCCCUGAUGGGGGAGGUUGAAGAGCUGAGAGAGGAGAACCACAGACUCCAGCAGAUCCUCAGGGAAGCUGCAAACCAAACACCCAGUCAGUCAUUCAUGGUCCCUGACCGUGCCUGCCCGAGUCCUGGGACGAGCUCGCCUGGCUGCAGCCCCACUGUUGGUCCCCCGCUCUCCAACACUCAGUCAUAUCCCACCACCAAGGGGCACUCCUCAGUGGGGAGCUCAGGAGAGGUCCAGCCAACCUUCAAUGGGGCAAUAGACCAGUCACAUUCAUCUGCAGUUCUGCUUGGUCAUCACCGGGAGGCAACAGAGAGCACACAGAACAACACUGACGAUCACUCAUCAUCUGCCAAAUCAGACUCUCUGAACCUCUUUGCUCACCGUGGCCCCAAACACAACCUCAGCUUACAGUCGCUUUCCCUGACUACAGAGACAAUAGAUGAGUUUAAGCUGGGGGCCUGGAGCUACAGAGGGCUCUUAAACCUGGAGGAAAGCCCCAGUGAGGAAUCUGACGCCCUGAGGGAAGCGUGUAGGAGCUUGGGUAUAGGGGAUGAUCUUGAGGCCCUUCGAGAACAACGUGACCGCCUGGAGGCCGCCCUGAAGCACACACAGGAACAACUGGAGGUGUUGGCUCAGGAGAAUACGCAACUGAAACUACAACUCAGGAAACAGGUGGAGGAACGAGAAGCAGAGCAGGGGUCUUCAAAAGAAAAGAUUGGCCCACCACCCACCACCGAUGGAGCUGACCAUCUCCAGUCCUCUCCUACCCAAGAUAACACCAUCCUCGCCCUCGCCCAGGAUGAUCUCGUCCAGGCCCUGAAUCAGGAGAACCGUGCCUUGGCGGACCGGAUCCAGGAGCUGCUGGCUCACAUUGAGCUCAGAGAGGAGGAGAUGAAGACGGAGCAAACGCAGCUGAGGGAGCAUAUCUCUGGGUUGGAGGAGGACAGAGCCAGGCUGGAGCAUGAGAACCAGGAGCAGGGGUGUUUAGUCACAGAGCUCACCAGGAAGACUGAGGACGAUCUCAACACCAUCAUGGAGCUGCAGCAAAAGUUAGAAGAGAGCAAAGAGCAGAAUGACCUAGAAAAACAUGUGGACAGCUUGGUGGAACGUGUGCUAAAAGGGGAGGAAGAACCACAGAUGGUGAACAGUCAACAACCUGCUUCAGCAUCUGGACCUCAACAUAACAAUCACCAUAAUCCUUUGCAGAACAGCCCACAAAACCCUGAUCAAGUGGGUCACCUGACCAAGACAGUCCACAGCCUCAAAACACAACAUGAUGAACUGACAGGCAACAUAAAGUCUCUGAGAGAGCAGCAAGCAGAAGUAGCUCUGUCAGUCCAAACAAAGACGGAAGAGAAACAGCAGUUAACUCGCACAGUUUGGGGACUGAAGGAGGAGAAAGACCUCAUCGCUCGGUCUCUGGCCAGUCUCAAACAAGAGAGAGAGCAACUCACCAGGACUAUCUGUGGACUGAAAGAUGAGAGAGAUCACUUUAUUAGAUCCAUGAGUGGCCUGAUAGAGGAGAAAGAGCAGCUAACAAAGUCUUUAUCUGGUCUUGAAAGAGAAAAAGAGGCACUGACGGAAUCUCUCUCAAGGGGAAAAGAGGAGACAGAUCAAAUCAUACAGUUCCUGCGAAGUUUACAGACAGAGAGUGAGCAGUUAAGCCAGGCAGUGCUUAGCUUGAAACAGGAGAGAGACGAACUAAUCAUUUCCCUUAAGUGUCUGAGAGAACAGAGAGACCAGGAGCGAUCAUCUUCAGCUUUACAAGACGACCGCGACAAGUUGUUAAAAUCAGUUAGCGGUUUGAGAGAGGAAAAAGAGAGAAUUGAACAUUCAAUCACUUGUUUGAAACAGGAGGAAAAGCAGAUAAUGCUCGUAAUUCAGGGAACAAGAGAGGAGAGAGACGGCCUCCAAUCUGCUCUCCCCAGCCAAACACAAACAGAGGAGACGAAUCAGAGGCAGCAUCUGUUGAAUCCAAACACUACUGGUGCGACAAAGAAGAUGGAGACUCUUGUUGGGACAGGAGAUUACGCUGCACAAAGAUGUCACACUAACAGCUGCAAAGAAAACUCUACACAGCAGGAGCAGAGUGAUCUGAUGAGGGAGAUUGAGGCUUUGGGAGCACAACUAAAGAGGUCACUAGAGGAACUGGACAAGAGCCAUAUUGAAACAAAGAAGCUGCACGAUGAACUCUGUCAGUCAGAGUCCAGGAGGGAGGAGGCAGAGAGGAAAGCAGCCCAAGCAGGCGAGAAGGUGAUGAGACUGACAGAUGCAGCCGGUCAGAUGGAAGAAACCAGGAGGGAAAAUGAGAGCCUCAACACUCAAAUAAAGGAGCUGCAGAGCAAACUGAGAGGCCUGGUCAGGGAGAAGACUGAUGCUCUGUCACUAAAGACACAGACAGAGGAGCAAUACAACAUCCUCACAGCUCAGCUCAAAGCUAAGACAGUGGCUCUUGAGGAGCUGAACUCUGAGUAUAUUGCUCUAAAACGAGGGCAGGGCAGCAAGGAUGAUCUGAGCACCGCUCUCAAGUCGCUCCGGACACGCUACAACGACAUCAGAGCUAAGUAUGAUGCACUCCUGAAAAAGAGGAGCCAGACAGAUCUGGAUAUAGCUCCUUUAAAGGCCAAGCUGUCAUGCCUGGUGGCGAAGUGUCAGGAGAGGAACAACCUCUUAGUUCAGAUGAUGAAAGCCAUGCACAGACACAGGUGUGUGGAUGCCACACUCACACAGCAGGUUGAGGAGCUGCUCAGUGACGCUGCUCUACAGGACUACACUUCAGCGUUCACACCUGGAAGCGUCAUAAAGACUGCGGAUCACAGUGCUGGGUUUACACCGAGAUUUAUUUCAAAAUUCCAAGACUACACCAGUGUAUUAAUGCCUGAUCCAGACCUGCACCGCUGUGUUCACACCUGCAAAUGAGCAACGCCAAAAUGGAUUCAUAACGGAAUCUGGAGUAAAAUGCAGAGACUUAAAAAGUGAGAAACACGUUUCUGUAUCCACCAUGCAAUCUUCAAUAAAUCUUCAAGACUGCAGGAGUGAAGUUACACCUGCAGCAGCAGGAACACUACAGAGCAAAGCCAACUCACCUGUGCCAACCACACCAGUGCAAGAGAGUGUCAGUGUCGAGGUGACACCCUGUUGUUGCGGUAUUGAAAGAGAGCCCGAUCACCAA